AAAAGAUCACCAGUUGUGUCGCAGAGAUGGACUUCGGUGGUAGUCGAUAUUAUACUCUUAAUCGAAUGAUGUUAUCAUUUGUUGGGUUAUGGCCGUAUCAAAAGGCAUGGCCUAUUCGAAUCCAAAGAUUCUCUUGUAUGACUUGUGUUAUAUCUUGGAUAAUAGUUCAGUUACUCACAUUUACAACAUUCGAAUACAACUUGGAUCUUUUCCUUCAAAUUUUAACGUACACGCUUCCUUGUUUGAUUGGCAUUCUAAAAUAUGUUACGUGUUGCGUAAAAAUAGAAUCGAUGAGAAAAUUGAUGGAUAUGAUAAAGUACGACUGGAAUACACUAAAAAGUAGAAUGGAAUAUGAAAUAAUUCAGAGAUAUGCUUAUAUGGGAGCAUUUUACACACAGCUAUUUGCACUACUUGCCUAUAUUUCUCCGUUAUUGAUUGCCUUUAUACAUUUUAUACCUGAUCUUCUUGAUCUUGUGGCGCCACUUAAUCAAUCUCGUCCACAUCAAUUGCUAAUUUUAUCUGAAUAUUUUGUUAAUAGCGAUGAAUAUUUUUAUCUUAUUCUUCUGCAUAUGAUCGUGUGUCUUUUUAUACUUUUGACUAUAUUAAUGUCUACCACAUCUAUAUAUGUAGCAUACAUACAGCACGUAUGUGGGAUGUUUGAAAUAGCUAGCUAUCGUAUAGAACAUGCUUUGGACGAUUAUGAAAAAGAAAAUUUGAUAUCUACAAAAUGUUGCAUAGCUUGCUCCAAAAUAAUCGAUGCCAUCGACAUUCACAGACGAGCCAUCGAGUUGGUAGUUUCUCAUCGCAUAAUUCAAGAUUUAAGUGUCAUUUAUACGUAUCCAUAUGUAACGCAUUUUCUCAUUGUUAAAGGUUUUUCGAAUUAAUGAAGGAUACUUUUGUAAUAAUG